UUUCCUAGAGAGCAAGAGAGGUGCCAUGGAGGUACUAUUGUGGCGGAAUAUCCUUCGACAUAUCUCUUUGUUCUUCAGUUUAUCAGCACAUGACAACUUUGGCUCGGAACCAGUGCAGAAAUGUUAUCAAAUGAUUGUAGAAAUAUUAAAGCCGCUAAAGCCAGUAGCUGAAAUAAGUAUUGACACAAGCAUAGCUUCUGAUGAUCAACUUAGCGAGGCGCUAGAACAACUUAUCUGCUCAAUAGAAGAGUCUACAUAUCUUUUUGAGAACUGGCAUCCAUUGGCAAGCAGGAUAUAUCUUGUCAUCCAAGCUGAUUUAUUGGUGAAAAGGCUCCAGACCUCUAUUUUGGAAAUUGUUCGCUUGCUCAAAGACUUGCCUUUAUUUAUUUCCGCGGAGUUGAGCCCCAGAUAUCUUGAGCAUUGCAUUGAUAAUGCUAAGAACAUGGGAUGUGAAUCUACAUUUACAUUCAUUUCAGAAGCUAUGAAGGAAGUAUCAAGCAGCCACGGGGAGCUGAGGCUGGCAGAACUUCCUGAAUGCCUAGACUUAAGGUCAAACCAAGAUAUCCUGAUUGAGGCAGUGGCUCUUGAGAAGUUGAAAGAAAAUGCUGAACUAACCAGAAAUGAUGCCAAAACUGGUUAUAUUCAACAAUUAAUUACUCUUCUCACGUGUAUGCAUGGUCGCCUUCUCGUUCUGGAGCAGUCCAAGAUUGGCAUACCUAAGUCUAUACCGGCUGAUUUUAUCUGCCCUCUCUCUCUUGAGAUCAUGAGGGAUCCUGUGAUUGUUUCCUCGGGUAAAACCUAUGAACGAGCUUACAUCAGGCAAUGGAUUGAUCGUGGUCUUACAGUAUGUCCAAUAACCAGGCAGAUGUUACUGCACCUAAAUUUGAUCCCUAAUUAUACUUGCAAGGCCCUCAUUGCUAACUGGUGUGAGAUGAACAAAGUGAAGCUGCCUGACCCUGUGAAAUCCAACAUUGUAGGCCUUGAUGCUAAAGUUAAGAUUUUGGUUGAGAAUCUCAAAAGCAAGUCAAACAAAAGCCUAAGAGAAGCCACAGAUCAACUGCGACUGUUUGUGCAGCAAAACAUGGAUAACAGAAUUCUGAUCACUUAUUUUGGGGGUAUAAGAUUAGUGGUUAACUUGCUUUACUCUACUGAUCCAAAGAUUCAAGAGAAUUCUGUAACUUCUCUUCUCUAUAUGGCAAUCAAUAAUGACAACAAAGUUGCGAUUACAGAUGAAGAUGCAAUAGAGCCCCUUAUUUAUGUCCUUCAGGUGGGCACACCAGAGGCCCGGGAAAACUCAGCUGCCACGCUCUUUUAUCUUUCGAUGAUUCAUGAAAACAAGUUGAGAAUAGGCAGGUCGGGGGCUACUGUUCCUUUAGUUGAAUUGUUACGGAAAGGAACAGCUCAGGGAAAGAAUAAUGCAGUCAUUGCUUUGUUUAAUCUGUCCAUUUCUAAUGAAAACAGGAUAAGGAUUGUUCGGGCUGAUGGUGUGAGGUUUUUACUUGAACUAGUUAAUGAUCCUAUUGCAGGUCUGGUUGACAAGGCUGUUGCUGUUUUGGCAAACCUCGCUAAGAUUUUCGAGGGAAGGACUGCCAUUGGUCAGGCUGGAGGUAUUCCUGUACUUGUGAUCAUACUUGAGCUAGGCUCAACAAGAGCCAAAGAAACUGCAGCUUCUGCACUCCUACGCCUUUGUACAUACAGCUACGAAUAUUGCAUUGUGGCGUAUCAGGAAGCAGUUAUACCUCCAUUAGAAGCUUUGUCACGCUCAGGAACCCCUAGAGCCAAAAAGAAGGCUCAGAGUCUGCUCGGUUACUUCAGAAGUCAGCAAGUCAGACAACAUCAUUGAGUUUUUAGCUUGUGAUGAGUCUCCACAAAAGUUAAUAGCACAAUUGUUUUUCACAAUGUUAAGAAAAUAGUAUAUGGUCCUAUGAUCCUGUGAAAAUCAUGUUAGAAUCUCUACGAUUUAUUUCGAGUUCAAAUGAUAAGUCCUGUUUGUUUCAUGUUUCUCAUGGGAGGAAACAAAUUAGACUUGUUAGUUGUUGCUUAUCUUCAUUGCAUCAUAGGCCUCCCAAUGCUUGUGAAAAAAUUUUUGUUAACUUGUUUGUGGAGAUGAUCAAGAUAAGAUAACACUAAAUUCUUGAGAAGUUUUAGCAA